AUGGCCCUGGAGAUCCUCUUCUUCGGCGCUGGCGCCAUUGGAGCCUUCUAUGGCUCCCGAAUCGCCCUGGUACCCAACACCAACGUGUCAGUAAUAUGCCGAUCGAACUACGCCGCCGUCAAGGCUAACGGCUUCAAAGUGACCUCGCCGCAGUAUGGAGAAUACAAAUGGACGCCGACCAGGACGUUCAACUCACCUGCCGCCGCCCGCAAGAGCGGCGUGGCAUGGGACUACGUCGUUGUCAGUACCAAAGCCCUACCCAAUGUGUCGGACGACUCGAAAUUGCUUGAAGGGCUCAUCACACCCAAGACGGCGAUUGUUCUGGUCCAGAACGGCCUGGGUGUGGAAGAACCAUAUGCCAAACGGUUCCCGGAAUCGUCCAUCUUGAGUGCGGUGACGAUCGCCUCCGCCGCUCAGCCGAGCAACGGCCACAUCAAACACAACCGCUGGACGAGGAUCAACAUCGGACCAUACCUCUCCGAAACAACGCCCGCAGCAGCGAAGGAGCAAGCCACCUCACGAAACGCAGUCCUGCAUGAACUCCUCCUGCAAGGCGGCAUCAAAGACGCUAAAGCCGACACGCACGAGAAGCUCCAAUGGGUGCGCUGGCACAAGAUCGCGAUCAACGCGGCGAUGAACCCGUCGUCCGUGCUGUCAGGCGGCACGCCCAACCAGGAGAUGUCCAACGACCCGGAGCUCUACCGACACCUGAAAGGCGUCAUGGACGAGGUUCUCGAGACCGCUCCAAAGGUGGUCGGCACACCACUCCCCUCCGAGUUUGCCACGUCGGAGGCUCUGUUACGCUCCACCCAGAAGAAUUCAAGUGGGAGUAAGCCCAGCAUGGCGCUCGACUGGGAGAGUGGGAAGCCGAUGGAGCUUGAAGUCAUCCUGGGUAACCCCAUCCGGCUGGCUAGGGCCAAGGGCAUCGAGAUGCCGCGACUCCAGAGCUUGUACGCACUGUUGAAGAUGAAGGAGUCGAAUCGGAUUGAGAAGGCGAGAAAGGCGAGUAAACUCUAG